AUGGAGGUUCAAGCAUGUGGAAUCCGCAUAAUAUAUGAGCGAGAUUUGGGCGGAUUUGUUGAAACGAUAGUUGAUCACAUGUUAAGGAGUCCGGAUGUCCACCAUCAAGGUUAUCACCAACGUCUUCUUGAUCAAGUGGAGGUUUUGCAAAGCUAUGUUCAUCAUGAUGACGUUGAAUCUAGUGAGCCUUUAGAAGUUGAAAUGCCCAGUGAUUUUUACCAAUCUUCCUCGUUGCAAAGGAGGAGGCUUCGAUCCCAGCAAAAGCAUCCGCCAAGUACUAUUAAACAGAUACCACGACAGAAUAGAAGUUCACUUGCAACAUACUCGGGUCAAGUUUCCGCCCGGGGUGCUUCAAGAGAUUCAACGUUUAAUGUUACCCAGGAUUUCUUUGAUAAUGAAGGCCAAGCUUAUAGUAAUUGCUUUCUGGAAGAUGGAGUGCCGGAGUGGUUUUCGAGUCACAAUGGUUCCUCAAUGAUGAUCCAACUCCCUUUAGAUUUUUGCGAGAAUUCUAAUUGGAAAGGAAUUGCUCUAUGUGCUGCUUUCGAGAUCCUAAAGCAUCCUAAUCUCAUACACGACGAUGUUGGUACAAAAUUUUCUUAUGAGAUUACUUGUUUUGUUGGAAGAGACAUUAAUUGGGCAAUAGAAAUUCCCCAGACCAUCACUGAGACUGAAAUCAACAAAUAUAUUGGGCUAAAUCAACGCCGAUUCAUUUGGGUAGUGUGCAUACCGCGUGGUUUGAUUCUGGGCGAGAAGAAAAAAUGCAAUCUCACCCUCCGCAUCUCAUUUACGACCAAUUGCCAUCAUUUAAUGGUGCCCACGUGUGGUUGUCGUCUUGUACACCAGAAAAAUGUUGCAGAGUUGGUGCAAAUGAUAAUCCAGUUCUCCACCGCUCCUCCCAUCAAUUCCCAUCAAUUUGUUGCAGCUGACGAGGGACCAAACACUGGAACUGGGAGCUCUUAUGAGAGAUUGGCACUAAAAUGUAUAAACUUUAUAAGAAAGCGCUCUAAGGACUUUGAAAGUUUUGAUGUAUACGAGUAUGAUAACUGUUUCCCUCCAAGUUUCCCUCCGAGUGAAAUUCUAGAGUUUUUCAGCUCUAGCAAUUCUGGUCCUACAGCGACAAUAGAGCUGCUUGACAAGGAUUUGAAUUGGACAGGAAUUUCUCUAUAUGCUUUAUUUUCAGUCCAAGAUUACCCCACUGAACUGCUUGACAAUCCGGAAGCUGAAAUUCCUCACCACCUAAUUUGCCAUUUUGAAACAGAGAUGGAUAGUCUGAAACGUCUCCACGUAUAUCGCACCACUAGAGAAGAAUUCAAGUGGUCAUCAAGUCUUCGCGGAUUCAUCUGGCUAUCAUAUAUACCACACCGGUGCCUUCCAAAUGGGAUAAAUCGGUGUAAUCGCAUAAAGGCUUCAAUCGUAAGCGAUUGCCAAGGCGUUACUGUGCAGAACUGUGGACUUCGUCUAGCACAGAACCCGCAAGAUGGGAGAGACAUUUGGCAAAUAAUGUUCCAUUGUGCUGUCUCGUUUUUGGACCAUUGGGAUAUAUUUCGUAGAGAUGUUGCACAACAUGAUUGUACACGAGAAGACAACAUGAUUUCGAUUGAUCAUUCAGGUUCCAGUAGUACUACUAGUACUAAUGCUAGACCCAUAAGGGCCGAUGACCAAGGCAGCAAAAGUGACUCAACUACACCGCAUGAUAAAGAUCAAAACCACGAGGGAUUUGAUCCACAUUCGGACUUUGAUAUUAAGGUGCCUCAACUUGAGAUUCCGAAGUGGUUCUGCAAUCAAAGUAGGGGAUCUUCAGUGGCUAUCGAGUUACCUUCAGAUUUAUAUAAUGAUAAUGAUUGGAGAGGAGUUGCUCUAUGCGCUUCUUUUUCAGUCAACGAGCAUCAGACUUCCAAUUAUGGUAAUCUGGAUUCUGUUCCCCACAACCUCCUCAUGUUCCUGUUGAAGCCCAAUACAGUAGACUCGCAACUCUCUUUCUCUGUCGAGACAGACGCAACUUUGGAAGAAAAAUUCAUGCCGUUAUACGUACGUGGAUCAAUUUGGAUAUACUACGUUCCACGUGAGUCACUGCCAAAUGGUUUGAGUCUCUGUAGUGGGAUGGAGGCUUUAUUUCGAAGCAAUUGGCCAGAGUUGACGGUGCAAAGUUGUGGGCUUCGUCUCUUUUACCAUCAAGAUGUGCAACAGUUUGAGCAUACAAUCAAAGUGUGCGUUGCCUCGGGUUAUUACAAUAAUAUAGAUUUCUUUCGUCAGUUAGAAGAAAAUGAUGCCAGCAAUGAUAAGCAAAACAAUGAAGCUGGCGGCGCUUACGAGGACCCAUAUCCUGAAAGAUUUAGAAGACCCAUUUAUCAGCUGGGACAAAGCAGUGGAAGUCUUCAGGAGCAGCAGUACCCUGAGAACAAACUUCCCAAGUGUGGCCCCUUGGUUUUUGAUCGAGGCGUUGUACAUAACUUCUGUUUUCCUCCUAGCGAAAUUUUGGAGUGGUUCAACCCUCACAAUAAUGGGCCAUCCGUGGCAGACAGGAUACCUCGAGGUUCUUAUAAUAAUACGAAGUGGAUUGGACUCAUUCUAUGUGCUUCUUUUGCAGCCCACGAGCAACGUCCGACUGUGAUCCUUGACACUUCUUUCUGCCUUAUUUGUCAUUUGGAGACCGAUAUUCCUUGUCAUCAUGUCUAUUGCCUAAAUGAAGAAGAUCUCACGUUGUUACACCUGGGUGGAUUUAUUUGGCUGUCUUAUAUACCGCGUGGGUCGCUUCCAGAUUGGUCUAGUCAAUGCAAUCGUAUCGAGGCUUCAUUUCUAAACGACUGCCCAGGUUUGACAGUGAAGGAGUGUGGCCUUCGUUUUGUAUACGAGCAUGAUGAGGAAGAGGUUGAGCAGAUGAUACGGCACUGCAUGAAGUUGUUGUCUGAUAGUUUGUAUACGACUGAAGGUAGAAAGCGAAAUGGACACUCUGAUCAUGAGGAUUCUUACCCCAAACGAUUGAGAUCAAGACUCGUUGAUCAUCCUAUGCUCAAACUGAAAGACAAGGGCAAGCGAGUUCUUGAAUAA